AUGUCGGAGCACAAAAAGGCCGCUCUAUUCAAAUACAAAUCAUGGUCUCCUGACAUUCAACGUGAAGAAGUUUGGCUCAAACGCAAGAAGAAGCACUUUCAGCGUCUCGCCGCCGAACGCCGUUCAUUGAGCCUCCUCACCGCCGAACGCCUUUCAUUGAGCCUCAACGCCGAUGAACUCCGUUACUUGAGCCUGAGCAACGGCGAUGAACACCGUUCAUUGAGGAUCAACGCCGAUGAACGGCGUUCAUUGGGCCUCAGCGCUGAUGAACGCCGCUCAUUGAGGUUCAUCGCUGAUGAACUCCAUUCAAUGAGCUUGAGCAACGGCGAUGAACGCCGUUCAUUGAGCUUUAUCGCUGAUGAACUCCGUUCAAUGAGCUUGAGCAACGGCGAUGAACGCCAUGAACUCCGUUCAAUGAGCCUGAGCAACGCCGCUGAACGCCGUUCAUUGAGCUUCAACGCUGAUGAACUCCGUUCAUUGAGCCUCAGCGCCGAUGAACGCCGUUCAUUGAGCCUCAGCGCCGAUGAAGAUUACCGUCGUUCAAUGAGCAUCACUAACGACGAUCUCGAUGAACUCCGUGCUUGUUUUGAAUUAGGAUUUGGAUUCGAUUCGAAUUCUGAUUUGGAUCCGAAGCUUACCAAAGCUUUGCCCGCUUUGGAGCUUUAUCAUGCUGUGAAUGAGUUAUCUCGAUCCUCUUCUUCGGUUUCGACGGUAACUUCUGACGGUGAAACUCCGUCAUCUGCUGAAACCUCUGUCUCCAUUGUUGAACCAGGUGCUGAUCAGGAGACAAUGAAGCUGAAGCUGAAACAAUGGGCACAAGUUGUGGGUCUUUCAGUGCUUCCAUCACCUUCUAUCAAUUACUAG